AACAGCUGGAGUUACCCGUGUCGCGAUAUCUGGGGCAAGGCAAAGCAGCGCGACCGGCUGGUGAACACCUACUAUUCUAGGAGCCGCUCAACGAUCCCGUAUCUUUACCCGGCUGAACAUUAUUGGGCAUGAUAUCAUAUUGGACAUGGAGAUGCGAGCUUUUUGCAUGCUCUCGCCAGCUCAUUCAACUCCUUACUGAUGCUCUCUGCACACAUUCCCGGAACAGACACCACCAAAAGCCGAAUUUCAAGCAUGAUGUCGUGGUCGACUACCUGGCGAAACGCAUUACGGAGGGCAAGGCGGGUAUGAGGUCGGGUGAGAGCUUCUACAAGUAUCCAGGCAAGGAGGAAGGCAGCGCUGCAGAACCCGUUCUAUGCGGUGGACCAACCGGGUGCUGUACUUGGACGUGCCGAAGCACGAGAUGUGGUGGACGACGGUGAGCAGCAGCGCGGGGCGGAAGACGAGCACGAAAUGGAGAUUGCGGAGAUGGAGCAGAACGACCCUUGCAGGGUAGAGGUCGCUUCGGACGGGACGAUCUACAU